GCAGCUUUGAGCUGGCGCGGAUCAUAUCGGGCGACUUGCCAGCUUUUACUGUGGGUGAAUGUCGCCUUUUUUUUUUUUUUAAGUGGGAGGUUAUGAUGUCGCCUAAGGGCCCGCAGUGCCAUUUCGUUGAAGUUAUCAUUGGGUUCUCGAUUUCCUUUUAUGAAACGAUGAGUUUUGUUCACCCUGUAUGCUGAACGCUGGCUGUCUACACUUUGUAAUCCUGACGAACAGACAAGACUGCAGAACGCGGCGAUACUGUAGUUACUACAGGGAAAACAGCUGCUGAAACUGUAGUGAUGCUUGAAACUGCUUUUAAAGAGGAAGCUUUAAGUAAAACACUUGUCUAUGAGUGGUUUUUGCUUUUCAAACGAGGGGAAAUGUCAAUUAAAGACCAACCAAGAUCUGGCCGACCUUCCACAGUUAGGAAUGACGAAAAUCUUGAAAAUGUUCGCAAUACGAAUUAAGAAGAUCGUCGUCAGACUAUUGAAGAGAUUUCUGAAUUGACUUGUGUGUGUUGGAGUUCUUGCCACCUUCCCUACUCUCCUGAUCCUGCUCUGUGUGACUUUUUCUUGUUCCCUCAUAUGAAAAAAGAACUCAAAGCAAAGCGUUUUUGUACCAUGGAGGAAGUCAAAGAAAAAUCGCUGCAGGCAUUGGACAACGUUCCUCUCCUUUGGGACAAGUGCAUUCAUUCACAUGGAGUACUUUAAAGGAGACAAAAGUUUCAUUUGGCCUCCCAUGAAUCAUGGCACCAGAUGAUAAUAUUCCCAGAAAUUCCAGCAAGACAGCCAAGGAGCAAAGCAACUGUGCCACAAUGAAAGCUGAGCAUGCGGUGAUGGACCUGAAAAGAUCAGAUGGGACAAUCUCCCAUUGUGAAUCGGAAAAGGAUUCAGGCUACUCUGACACCAGCUCGGAGUACCUGCAGACUGAUUCGGAAGACCAGUCCCGCUCCUCAUCCAGAUCUAGCUUUGGUAAUAUUUCAGCCAGACAGAAAGGAGUCCAACAGAAGGGAGCAGCCUUUGAAAGCAUUGCCCCAGUAUACAUUGUUAAAAAUGUGGUUUUGAAGCAGCCACUGACACUGCAGACUAACCCUGGGCAGAUUCUUCGAAGUGAGCUGUCAUGGGGUGGGCAGCAAACCCAAGUCUUGUUCAUCCAGCAGCCAGAUGCUACAGCUAACAUGCCUCUAAAACCACAGCAAUCUCCCAAAAAACUGGGAAAGGCUAUGUAUCUCCCUAUACUUAAUUCAUACCCAAAGAUUGCACCCCAUCCAAGCAAAACCACUGAACCCAGCAAAACAUUUAAUGGAAAGGUUGGAGAUGGAGUUAUAGGCCACACCCAGAGUAAAAGAGUUUGUGUGGAAGCCGGGAGAGAUGCCAUUUCCUCCAAAAAAGUAGAAAAUGUCUCCUUUACUACCUUGAAGAAAAAUGAAUCCCAGGAGCAGAAACGCCAAACCUCAUCAGUUAGAUUCCCUAGUAAAAGGAAUUCUGUUACACAGCCACUGCAACAGCAGGUGUUAGCAACCUCUAAUGUUCCGGAUCACUGCAUUAUUUCCCCUUGUACUAAUGAAUCUUCAGUUAUAAGACCACCAAUGGUGUCUGGUUUAGAACCCUCUGUCUCUUCUACAUCAGUAAUUUCCAGUCUUCCUGGAAUGUCUGGACAAGAUGAAAGUGAUGGCAAGGAGAUAAAAACUUUUCCUAAGGUGUCAAAGAAGCAUGCUUCCAAUAUGAUGAAACAGCGACGUUUUCUCAACACUGUUGAAAUACUUAGUCGCUCUGGCCUGCUAGGAAUAACAUUACGAACCAAGGACCUGAUUCGACAGAAUCAUAGCACACAAAUGGAGAUCUCAGAACUUAAGGAGCAUACUCGGUUGCUUUGUGAGGCUAUCCACACCAAUGAUCUUGAUGCCUGGACAAAGUUGCAAGAGGUCAUGGCUUUGUCAGGCCAAUACAAGCACAUGAAUGAGUGCCAAACUGUAACUACAUCCCCUGUACCAGAGGCAGUUCCCUCUGUAGGUCAAUCAUUAUCCAAUUAUCAGCCUGUAAAUGGUUGUGGGCAUGCAGCCAGUUCUUUGCCACAACCUGAAGCUGUUGCCCUAGACCUUAGCAGCAAACGAGACUCCAGGUCCUCAAAGAAUGUUCAACCAGACAGUUCCACAAGUACACCAUGUCUUUAAAAGAAGACUCCAAGAAUCAUCUGCUUAUAAAAGAACAUUAUGUGCUACAGUUUGAUAUGCUGCCCACUGAAUGUGCGAUGUUCCUGGGUCACUAAGGUACACCUACAUUUAGCAUACUACCUUGAUCAGUAUAAAGUGAAGAUUUGUUAGCCACAGCAGAUUAAAUUGCAAUGUGGCUUUUUCCGAUUGACUUCAGGAUUUUUUUAUUGCUUAGUGAGGCCUUCAAGAGCUUAAUACAGACUUCUAAUGCUUUUAAAUAUGUGGACUCAAAUGUUGAAUCAAGGUAUACCAACUGUCAAUACCAGGUUACAAUAAUGGUUCAACACUCAAUUUCAAUCUUGUGUUUUAGAUUUAAAGGUGUUAGAAAUAAGGGAGAAACUACCAAGGUGGAAAAGUUUCAGAAAUGUAGAUUAUGAUGUGAAUAAACAAGUUAAUAUAAAAUGUACAGUGUUCUAGAGGUAACUGUACAACAGUUGCAAAGCAAUUAUGAAAGAGAGCAUGGAGAAACAUAAUGUGUUCACAUAAAACUGGUGUACAUUUACUUCUUACAGCUUGACAUUAGACAUAAAACUUAAAGAGCAGCACAGGCUACAGUAUCAGGAAUAGGAUAGCUACUGCUGCUUUCAGACAUUAACAGUCUUUCCAUUUCAACUAAUACAUAAAUCAUUAAUGCACAUCCAUGCUAAUUGAUGUUAAAUCAUGCACUGUAUCAUACUGAGCAUCAUAUCACUUGCACUAAGUAUCAGAGACAGGUGAGUAAUCCUAUCUUUACAAAUACUACCGGUCUACUUUGUGACAUCAGCAUAUAUAGUAAUGUAAUCUAAAACAUGGUUCUGGUCUUCAAAACAUUCUUAAAAGUCCAUCUAUAUUAAGAAGCUUCACCAUAGCAUGAUUUUGGAGUUAAAACUACCACAGUUUAAUUUAAAAUUUUGUAUUAUUUCAUAAGAGUUAAUAUGAAUACUGCAUUCUGUAAAAAAUAAAGAAUUUUUUUAAAAUUUUCAGCACUAUAAACAAAGUAGCUGGCAAAGUAAAUUAAUAUGUUAAAAUGCAUAUUAAAUUAGAAAUGAUAUCUCUGUGUUCUGGGUGGCAUGGCGAUCUAUUAGUUGCACCUUUUGCUGCACAAAUCCAGAAGACAGUUGGAAUCCUGGCCUAGUGAAUGUCUAUAUUUUUGGGCUGGGUUCUCUUCUCCUUAUAUUUUAGUUUUUUUUUUCAUCUAGUUUGAAGGUGUAUCUGUGAAGUAAAAUUUCAAUUUUAAAUUAUUCCAGUUCAAAGCAAGUGUAAGUGUGUGUGCAGGAGUAAGCCCUGUGAUGAACUAGCUUCUGGUCUAGCCUUGCACCAGAUGCUACUAGGAUUGGUUCCAGCACCAACAUGACCCCUAAAAUUGGAUAAAGUUGGUUCUGAAAAUUAAUGAGUGUAUUGAAUCUGUGACUUUUAUAUAAGACCCCUAAAGUGCAUAUCAAUUCAUCCAUUUUAUUUAACCUGUUUUUUUCAUUAUUGUGAACUAAAGCCUUUUCCAACAGCAUUUUGUCUCAAAGCAAUUGGAAUGUACACAGACAUAGUCCCAUCUGGCCAUUUUAAAGAUGUGAGUUUGCCUAAGAUGCAUAUGGGCAUGUGCAGAAAGCUGGACUACUUGUAGAAAACCCACUUUGCAUACAGUAGGUAUUGACCAUGUAGGUAAUCUGAUCCAGGUCCCUGAAGCUGUUUUGAAAAAUCUCACUUCAUAAAUAUAUUUCAAGUUCCAUGUUUUUAAAGCAAUGUUAUUAACUGUUGUAUUCUUACAGAAAAUACACUGUAUUAAAGUAAACAUAACAGAUUCUGAACAGUUUUCAACAAGUGUUUGAUACAUGUUAGGAAAAUAAAGGACCUGGUAAUUUUAAAUACUGAUUUGCUUGGAAAUUCUCAUUACUUAUUUCUGAAGCAAGAUCAGCAUUACUGCUGAUGAUGGACUAAAGGAUUCCUGAUUAAAGAUGUUCAGCCUUACAUUUGUUGUUCUGUUUUGCUCAUUCAUACAGUAUAUGCUUGAUAGGUAUUUGUCUGCCAUCCUUUUAACUUUUGUAUGUUAUUUUACAAUAUUUUAUAUACUGUGUACUUCUAUCUGAGAUAUUUUUGUGACAAUUUAGUCACCUUUUAGAUUUGAUCUCCUCCACUUAAGAGCUAUAUUUAAAAUAAGGCAAUUGAAGUUGACACCAGCCAAAAUCUGAUGGUUUCCCAGUGUAUAAUUAUAAUAGCAGUGAACCUCUACAAUAGUAGCAAUUUCAGCUACAAAAGUAUCUUGAUAUGUGUGUGUUUGUCUGAUGAAUCUUGUGGGUUACAGCUGAGGUUCUUCAUAUCUCUACUUCUUUUAAUUAUAUGUAUUAUGAGUAGAUUUUUUCACAUGGAAAAACAUCCAAAUGGGCAUUCUCAAUAAAUUAGUAAAUUGCGAGGGGGGUUCAAAUAUAAAUUAUUAUCAGUCAUAACUUUCACAUGUAUUAUUUGACAUAUUUUUCAUGAUAGAUCUGUACAGUAUCAGUAUUACUCAGGCGUCAUCUUUAUAUGUUUUUGGGUUUUGUUUUGUUUUUUUUAUUAAUGGUUUGAAGACUGUUUCUAAAAAUUAUUGAUACCAACCCAAAACCCUUCUUCUGAUUGCCACUUAGUAUUUGAUCGGGAAAAUAAAUAUGAUGAAGUAUUAUCUCCUGGUGUAUUUUCUUCAGUGUUCUUGUCACAGUGUUGUGCAGGCAUCCUGCAACUAGAAGAAAAAACACUCUGAUUUGAUCAGUCUUACCCUUUCAAACAGAAUGCCAUCUUUAAUUUGGAUUUGGAAAUCUUUCAUUAGUAGGCUCUAUUGAUGGUUGAUUCUUUCUGCAUAAGAGCAUUUCAUUACUGUGUUGCUUGUGGCCAAUAUUCAUUGACGUGCCUGUCUGAUUGAUUCUAUUCAGGUUGCGCAAUAAGGACAUAGCAAUGAGAAGGGGAUUAUGUGAGUGCACUGAUGGGAUAGAACAUGACACCAAAUCAAAUUCCCCAUUUAUUCUGUAAAAUGUGAAUUCAUUAAGAAGAUUAACAACAUCCAACUAAAAUGUUACUUUGUUUUCAU